CUCAUCCUUGACUCACCCCAACAUCUCCAGCCCCCUCGAGGCCGCCUUCAUACUUCCGUCUAUUGUACAUACCAUGAAAAUCGCCAGAUAACCAUGCUCUGCCAAUCUCUUGUCACCAUGCGCACCGCACGCCCACCCAUCACCGUCCUCCCGCGGCCUCGCACCAUCCCACGCGCAUUCCACACACGCCCUCACACACCUUCACAACGAACCUCAAAUCUACCCCUACGCCCUCUCCUCUCAAAACCCCGCCUUAUAUCCCCAUCUAUCCCCAUCUCCCGCCGGCCCUUCACAGCAAGCGCCGGCAACAACGCCCGCAACACCUACAACCGCUUCAACUCCUCCUCCGCACGCCCAUCCCUCUUCCACACAUUAAUCAGCCGCUCCAAACCGCACCAUUAUGUGUUCAUAGGCCUCGGCUUGUCCGGUGCAUACUUCUACAACACCGAAGUAGUCGAGAUGACCGGCCGCCGCCGGUUCAAUUGUGUCUCGCAUGCGAUGGAGUUGAAGAUGGGUGCGCAGAGUUAUAGGGAGGUUUUGGACCAGUCGAGGGGAAGGGUGUUGCCUGAUAAUCAUCCGUUGGCGCAAAUGGUCAAUCGGGUUUUGCAGAGGCUCAUCCCGCAGGCGCCGAUUGAGGGGGCGGAUUGGAGGGUGCAUGUCAUUGUCGAUGAUGGGAAUGCGAAUGCUUUCGUUCUUCCUGGGGGGAAGGUCUUCGUGUAUACGGGCAUUCUGCCGAUUUGUCAAGAUGAGGAUGGUCUUGCUGCGGUGUUGGGACAUGAAAUUGCCCAUGUUGUUGCGAGACAUCCGGCGGAGCGAAUGAGUAAUAGCUUUUUGACGCUCGGCACGGUGUUCCUGAUUUCGUUGCUGUUUGAUGUCUCCGGGAACUUGUCGAGUAUGCUGGUGAAUCUGAUGUGGAGUUUGCCGAACUCGAGGACGCAGGAGGCUGAGGCAGAUAACAUCGGACUGAUGAUGAUGGCCAAGGCAUGCUUUAAUCCCGAAGCUGCUGUGAGACUAUGGCACCGAAUGCAGGAACAAGAGAAAUCGGCACCGCCGCAGUUCAUGUCUACUCACCCUUCAAGUUAUAACCGCGAAGAAGCCAUUCGAGGAUGGCUCGAGAAAGCCGAAAAUGUCUACCAGGAGAAUGGGUGCAGUACUUUUGGAAACUACAUGCCUAGCUUCAAGAAGGCAUACCAGACACAGAGUUCGUAUGGUUGGUGAAACCCUUCCCAUAGACUCAUCCUCAUUGUAUCAGAGAUUAGAUAGUGCAUCGAAUACUCACCUCCUUCUUUCCGCAAUUCAUGCGGCAUACAUCCUCGCAUACUGUACAACGGCC